AUGCGAAAAAGACCUGGUCUGCCUUGGGGUCGCAAAUGCGACGUAGUCCGUCGCAUCGCAAAAGCGAUAUCGCAAAUGCGAAGGGCCCAUCGCAUUUGCGAAGUGGCCUGGAAUCCUUCAAUGUCACAAAUGCGACAAUCCCAUCGCAAAAGCAAGUUCGCAAUUGCGAACAUUAAUCGCAAAUGUGAAAUUUUCUAUCACGGGCUAAAACCCUCUGCUAGAAAUGUGAUAGAUGCAGCUGCAGGAGGUUCUGUCAUGGGAAAAACCACAGAAGAAGCAUUGCAGCUGUUGAAUGAAAUUUAUGAGAACGCUAUCCAUUGGCCAUCUGAGCAUGUGAAGACACAACAAUCAAACCAAUCCAAGGCUUGUGACAUGUGCGGAGGAAACCACCAGAACCAUGAAUGUCAAGCAACCAAUCAAACGGAUGAACAGGUUAAUGUCAUCGGUUACAAGCCAUAUACUUUUGGGAGUCCUAUGGCACAGAAGCAUCCAGGAUGUCAGUGGAGUAACCCAAACGGUGCAGAAAACUCUCAAAGCUUCCAGAAACAACAGGUACAGGGUCCGCCGGGAUACCAGAAUCAAAAUCGUGGGAAACCAAGUUACAGACCUUAUCAGCAAGCAGGACCAUAUCAACAAGCAAGGUCAUACCAGCAGAGGCCCCAACAAGCUCAUUCAAGUCUUGAUGACCUUUUAUACAAGUAUAUCAAGGUUCCUGAUGAAAAGAUGAAAAGCCAAAAUUCAUCCCUAAAAAAUCUGGAAAUUCAGUUAAGCCAAUUGGCAGCUCUUGUGUCAGAAAAGAUUCAGGGUCCCUUACCAAGCAAUACAGAGAAAAAUCCAAAUGAGCACCUUAAGGCCAUCACUUUACGGUCAGGUAAGGAACUUGAUGAACCUUAUGCAGAGAGACAAGAAAAGAACCAGACAGAACAACAGGUAGACAAGGGUAAGAAUUUUGAAAAACCAUCUGAACCAUCAAAAGAGAAAGAAAUAAAGAAUAAGGAAGAAAAAAUUUCUGAAAAAAUGGCUGCCCCACCUGUGACAAUUCCUUUUCCACAAAAAAUAAAACGAGAAAAGCUUGAUGGUCAAUUUGCAAAAUUUUUGGAAAUUUUAAAACAGAUUCAUAUUAAUAUUCCUUUUACUGAUGCUUUUGCUAUACUUCAAAAUAAGCUACAACAAAAACUUGGUGAUCCUGGUAGUUUUACCAUUCCAUGCACUUUGGGAGGUGUAUAUUUUGAAAAAGCACUUUGCGAUUCUGGAGCUUCAAUAAAUUUGAUGCCAUUUUCUAUCUUUAGAAAAUUGGAUCUUGGUGAAAUGAAGGACAUAGGUGUUUCUCUUCAGUUUGCAGAUUAA